GAACACAGCCCGCGGAUUAGCAGCAGUUGCGAGAGAGGCGCGCGCGCGGUCACAACUGGGCGACGGCAGCGUUUGGGGCAUGCAAAUUAUGCCAAAUAGCACCAUCGACGGGAGCACGAGCAGUAGCAGCAACGCCAAAGCCAAAGCCAAAGCCAUCGCCAAAGCCGACAACCGACCACAAAAUGCAGCAGAGCACCGGAGCGGCGACGUCAUCCGCGCCAGAUAGCGGGAUUGGGGCGACGGACCUGGUGUCCAGGUGCGGUGGCGACGGCGGCGGAGGUGGCGGGAACAGCUGCUCCGGUGGAUCCAGCGACCCAGCAGUGAUUAACACAACGAUUAGCUCCAAGCAGACGGAUGCGAUGGAGCCGCAGGAGGAGCAGGUGGCCAUCCACUACCUGGCCAGCUUCCACGAGCUGUGCGUGGUGACUGCCCUGCUGCCGCUGGUGACGCUCUUCACGUGCUUCGUGACCGCCUACGUCUUCCAGUACGACGAUGUCCACGAGACACAUUGCCGCGUCUACAACAUUAUACCCUCGAUAAGUGCAAUUACCGGCGUCAGUCCGCAGCGUUACUUCUGGCGCUUCAGCAUCGCGCUCCACAUCGGACCGCGGAUCCCCAUCGCCUUCGUUUACAAGAACUACUACCGCUCGCAGCUGCGUCGGAUCAGUCCCGCCCAGGUGCCUCAGACCAGCCUGCUCAUCACGCUGAUCCUGGUGCUCAACUGCAUCGAGAUCGCGUCCCUGGGCGGCGUCACCUAUAUAUCAAAUCGCGAGAACUACCCCGUUCACGAGCGCAUCUUCAUCACGUUCAUGGUCUGCUCGCUGUGCUACAUGCUGGCCACCAUCAAGCUGAACGGCAUCCUCAAUGCGGGCCAGGCGCUGAGCGAAAGGCAGCUGCUGUCCAUCAAGUGGAAGAAGAUCCUCUUCGCCGUCUCCAUCCUGAGCACCGUCGGCCUGCUGGUGUUCUUUGCCAAACAUCGCUUCUACUGUCACGACUUGGCCUUCAGUUGGUUCGCGUUCUUCGAGUAUUUGAUCGCCAUCGCCAACAUGCUGUUCCACUUCACCAUCAUCUGGGACUUCCCCUCGCAGUUCAUGAUGAUCGUGCAGGGACCCCGCGAGAAUCUCGCCCAGUAUUUGAGCAACAGGCCGAAGGUGGACUAGAUUCGACCAGGACUGGAUGCCGCCAGCACGCCACUUCUCCAGUUUACAGUGCCGUGUUAUUCCCGUGCGAAACGUACAAUUACGAACUUCUUCAACUUUAAAACUAAGCGCUUCCAUACCGAUCAACCAUAGCAAACUUAGCCUUCUUCUAUUUCUUCGAUUCUCUUGACACUUAUCACUUAUCAAACCAAAACCAAAACCAAAACCGUAACCAAAACCGAAAUCCAGAGAUAAGGAAAGUAAUACGAUACGAAUCCAAAAUGUUCCAUAGUUCCACGAUUAAUAUAGCUAUUGAAUUUAACAAGUAUGUAAAGAAAUUGCCAGAUUAGAGGGCAUACCGUUCUAUGUACACAUUCUAAAUACGUGAAAUAAGUUACCUAGGGAUUAAGUGCACCCAAAACAAAACCAAAACCAAAAGCAAAUCAAUCAAUACCAAAACCAAAACCAAAACCAAUGAAUCGCAGCUCGCCAGAUCUCAUGUCAAUUUCGAAUCGAAUCCAAGGAGCCAGCCAGGGGCGACCAGUUUCAUUUGUUAGGCAGUAUAGUAACUAGAAGUCGCAUUACUUACCACUUAGUACAUAUCGUUUAUACAAGAUGAUAACGAGCGGCGGGAAAUAGCCUCCUUGGGACCGGCCCUAUUGGCCCUCCCCAGAACAAAUAGAACCAGGACAUGAUUGUAAUAGACGGUAAUCAGACAAUAGACAUUAAGCUGCGACAUUACUGCAGGCAACGAACAAGGACCUCCACAGAUGGCGCUGGUAUGGCCUCCAAUUGAAAACUAAACUCCAAGGUAGUAGAUACUCUACCCAUUGUUGCAAAAUCCGUCACUGAUCGCGGGAUUGUAUGAUCUGACUGGCUGUGGAGGUUCAGCUUCUGGUGCUCGCGAUGUCAGAAGGUCGGUAUAAGUAAAUGUAGCAUAAACAAUUGAUCUUAGCCAACAAUAAUAGUGAAAUGAAAUUCAACAGACGGAGCAAUCCGCCGCAUCCGCGGUGGCUCGGCGAUCGGGUGAAAACUAGAAGCCCAUAGGUAACCGAAUUGUAAACCAGACUAGGGUCAAUAUAUUUUGCAGCAACGGAGCUGCGUAGGUGUUUUCUUUCUACACAAGAGUACGUAGUCCAAAUCGAGGAGAGUUCAAAUUGAUAUUGCUACUCGGCUAACUUUAUACCAUACACAGCAGAGUCAAGCGGAAGUUUUUAUUCCAUAAGUAGUAUUACUACCAUUAUUAUGAUUGCGAUUGCGCAUUGUAUGUGCGAGAGAUCGACGUUUUAGGUAAUGCAAUACCCUGUACGCCCCGAACAAGCAACCAACGUAGCUAAGCCAAUGAAACAAUUGUUAAUUCUCACACAAGAACGUUAUUUGAACGGAUACUCACUCACUUGAAAGUUAUGUAAACUCAAGCUCACACCCACUCAUGCGAUUUGUUAUGCAAUAGUUGAGUUGCAGUUGCACCUCGCGAUCGAUUAGUUUAUAUACAUAUUAGUUGUAUAUUCGAAUUAUUGUUAAUAUGUACUUACGCCCUGCAUUCGGCCCCCUAUAUCUAUAGCUCUGUCCCGCUCCGUUCCGAUUUCCGAUUAUGUGCCUCUCUCUCUCCCUCGCCCGCCCCCCAGGAUACGUACUUCCAGUUGCAUCCGAUCCGGGUGCGGACUAAACUCUUAUAUUUACAUAUACAUAACGCGCUUUAUAUAUACCGCUCACCGGCUAAUCUCCAGUUAUUUUAUCCGGCAGAGAGCAGCUGCUCUAGGAUGGUCACUUUUUAAAAUGCAACAUUUUACCUUUGCAUAACUUUUUAGGCGACACAACGUAAGAGAAUUAAUUAAAAUGGAAAACAAAAAUUAACUAUGAAAUAUGUAAACUUUGUAGCUUCCUAAUUUGAAUAAAGAUUAAUACAACU